CUUGUUGGGGAAGAAUUCAAAAUUUGAAUUUUGAAAUCAGAAAUUGAGAAUGGGGUCAAAAGCAGAUAUGAAGGGUUUCUAUAAGCAAAUGAAGAAUAAUAGUAUCACAAAGCCAACACUUUCAAAAUCACCAUUUGCUACUAAGAAAUCCGUAACACCAAAACCCAUCUCUCCCGAUUUGCAAGCUGAUGAUUAUGAUGGGAACGAGGAAAUAUUAACGCAAUUUGACCUGAAUAUGGCUUAUGGGCCAUGUCUUGGAUUGAGCAGACUUGACAGAUGGGAGCGUGCUAAGAGUCUUGGUUUAAACCCUCCUAGAGAUGUGGAGCCCCUCUUGAGGUCUAGCAAGGUUCGCAAUGAAUGCCUGUGGGGUGGACGUGUUUAACUUUGUUUAGGUUAUCAUCCAGUAGCUCUUGUAGUACUUAGCUUUCCGGUGGGUGGUUCAUGUUCCAGGUAAUUAAGUUACAGCAUCUAGCUGUAUGGUAGAUGUUUAGUUCACUACUAUUCCUAAUGUAAGUCUUUUUGAAGUUUGUUUUGUCUUGUGUUUGACGAAUUUGCUGCUGAAAGUUUUUAUGCAUAUUAUUAGAUAUUUUCAUC